ACACACGGUUUGUUCAUUCAUGAGCAGCAUGCUGGAUAGAAACCAUAUUUUGCAAACUGGGGUGCAGAGGUGGAUGUGAGCGCAGCGGCAGCGGUGUGGUCGCGGCCGGACAGACCAACCUGUGCCUGGCUCUACCCGGAACCAUUAUGCAGACAGGAAACUACCAUUUUAACGCUAGCAGCAUCGGAGGAGCCGUCGUCUACAGAGGGGGACACCUAAAUCUGACAAGGGCGGAAAACAACCAACCGUGGAGAAAAGAAGGGAAAACACGACGGAAACAAAACAAAGGCAGCGUUUGAGUGAAGGCGAGCAGAGGGACUGUAGCGGCAGACAAUGGACAUAUCUGGGCAGGCCAGCGGAAAUAGUUUUUGUUAGCGAGUGAAAAGCAGCCCUCCCGGGCCGAUGGAGAUCCAGGCCUUUCACAGUGUUUUUCCAUGGAUGAAGAAAAAGGCCCCGCUGUCAGGCAGUAGGGACCCCGCUCUCACGGCGCACUCCCCGCUCCAUGUUUUCACACUUUUACUCCGGUGUUUCUGAGCUGUUUUCUGCACGCAGUCAUCGGAUGCGACCAGGCUGUCCACCUGAAGCCACCGGUUGUCGGCGGACAGUGCCCCCCCCUCCUCCUCCACCACCACCACCACACAGCUGCGGUCCAUCAGGGAGCUGCCAAACCUGUGGAUCAGCCGGCUGUCUGAAGAACUCUAUGAAGGGACAGAAGGGCAGUGAAGCAAUGGUUCAUCCUCUGCUGAAAUAACGGACGCACUCCACUUCAUGAGACUGCUGACCUGAUUUUAAAAAUCAGCAUACGGUUAUGGAACACUUUAAAGAAACACUACAGACUCUGUUUUUUUGAUACAAUUUAGUUUAUUGCCUAUUUAUGACCCUUUUUGUAAUAUCCCACAGAAGCACUUUAAGGCUUCACUCUUGAAUGGAGAGUUUAUAGUAUUAGUGAUACAUUUAUGUGAGAAAAUCAAGCAUCGGCUUUUGGUGGAUUAAAGCGGCUUGUCGGAAGUUGGUGGUAGAAAUCACAGAAGGACUACCUCUGAAAAUCACACCUUGUCAGUUUGACAAGAGUUUGCUGCUGUUUCCAGCAAUUAAGGACAUAGUGCACGUGGCAUUUGUGGCUUCGUGACACUUUGUCACAGCUGUGUUGGGAGAUGUUCCAAUUCAGCAAGUACCCCAUGGACAUUUUAGAAAUGCUAAGUGGACACCAGGCCCACCAGUUCAAAGGCCUUGGAUUAGAACGACAGCUGAGCCACCAGCAGCAAGUCCAACUGCAGCAUCAGCAGCAGCUCCAGCAGCAGCACCAGCCCUCCGCUGAUGGCUCUGGAAGCCUCCUGUCUGGCCUCGGCCUCGGAUCCCUCCAGAGUUCUCGGAGUAACGCCUUCGCUGACUCCUCCUCAUUAUUCGCCAAAAUGAGCGCCCCUCCCCCACCCAUCUCCCAUCAGAGCCAGUCGUCCUCGUCGUCUCACAGCUCCAGGAAGUCCAGUAAGAUGAGCAGUAGUAGCAGCAGUGGAAGUGGGAGCUCGUCGUCGGGAUACCCCCAGUUUCUGCGGCCUUUUCAUCCGGCUGAGGCUGCGCUUGCCCAGGAGCAGCUCCACUCUGGAAUGGGACGUUUUGACUUUGGUGGGAGUAGCAGUGGAGGAAGCGCAGGGGUCAUCGGAGGGGUUGUAACGCCUGCGCCCCCGCCUCCUCCGCUGCAUCCAGGUCUCUCUGUCCCCCAGCCUUCCCCUGGCCCCCCCUCCUCCUCACCCUCUUCCUCCACCUCUGCUUCAGCCUCUAACAACCCCUCUGGCACCACAGCAGUGCCCUUAGUCGGCCAGUCUGAUCCCCGCAGCCUCCACCAGCAGUUCAGCUGCAUGCUUGCUGCCAACCAGUACUUCCUCUCUGGCGUCCCCACCAACAGCAGCCUGGAGCAGUUUCUUGUGCAGCAAGGCACUCACAACCACUUGGGCUUGGGUCUGGGCCAAGGGACCAGUGAUUCAAACUCACCGCUGGCCCCUCCCCCUGCCCUCCACUCCUCCCACAGCCACAGCCACACAGCUCCACAGCCUCAGCAGCAACAACAACAGCUGACCCCUCAUGCCUUAUCUCAUCCACACAGCCACACUCACCACCCGCACCCUCUCCACCCGGCCCCUCAGCCUGCCCCACUGGGUGGUUUUGAUUUCCAAGGCAUUCCAGUCCUUUCCUCUAACCAAAUAGCAUCACUAAUGCAGCAAGAGGCUGGCCUUCCCCUCCCCCUCCCCCUGCACCUGUCUCUCUCUAAGGACGAUGCAGCAAAGGCAGGAGACAGCUCGUCUUCAUCAGCUUCAAGUGGAGGAAGCAGGAGAAAGAAAGCAAUGGCAGGCUACCUUCCCCAGAGGAAAGCAGACAGUAGUAGUCACAGCAGCCACAGCAGUCACAGCCAUAGCAGCAGCAGUGUUAGCAACUGCCAUAACAGCAGCUCAAGUGGGCAUAGUCAGAGCUCCUCAUCAGGCCUUGUGGGAGGAGGAACUGGGAUAAGUGGCAUUGGAAGUGAGCCACAGCAUUCCUCUCUCCUCUCAUCGUCCUCACAACAGUCAUCCUCCACCGUCUCCUCUUCGUCUGCCCCUCCUUCCUCUAACUCCACCUCUGUGCUUGUAGCCAACGGUAACCAACAGUUGUCCAAAUCCCAAGAAAGCCACAGUAAUAGUUCAUCUGGCCAGCCCGAACCAGAACCCCUUUACCACUGCGGUGAAUGUGGUAAAACCUUCACCCACCUCUCCAGCCUUCGAAGGCAUCUCCGCAGCCACGGCUUGACACCAGAAAGCCAAAGCAGGAAGUCAGACUGUAAUUCCCCCAGCCCAGAGAGGAUUUUCUGUUGUGGCGAGUGUGGGAAGAGAUUUAAAAAGAGGGGUCACCUCAUCCAGCAUAGUGUCACCCACUCAGAAAACCGACCUUUUGUAUGCAACAUCUGCCAAAAGUCGUUCAACCGUCGAGAGUCACUUACAAGGCAUGAGAAGAUUCACGACGAGAAGCCUUUCCGCUGCCCAGCUUGCGGGCGUUGUUUCCGUGAGAGCACCUCCCUUCUCAACCAUGCUGCUUCAGGUGCCUGCGGCAAACCUCCUCGCAGUUCAAAAAACCGGGCCGGCUCCGGAGGGAGUGGAUCAUCCAACCCAAGCAGCAGUAAAAUGGGAAGCAGUGGAGACAGGGUUGGAAUUUCAAACAAUGGGGCAGCAAUGGCAAAUGACAAGUAUGCAACGGAUUAUUCUAGAAAUCGCUACCAGAACCAGUCAUCCUACAACAGUGGGGUUGAAGACUACAGGCGACCACAAUCCUCAUCUCUUUACUCUUCAGAGGGUACGCUAGCAAGUGAAAUGACCAGCCAAACUCUCCGUAAGGCCCCUUUAGCCCCAACUCUUAUUCCCCAUCCACAGAGCCAGCAACCACAUCACCACCACCACCAACCACAGCAGCAACAGCAGCCACACCUCCCCCUUUCCUCACUAUUGGAUGAUUCGGAGGACGAAGUCACCAGCAGCGCAAUGUCGGCCAUCGCCGCUGCAGCUGCAGCCUCUUGUGAUAUCAACACAGAAAGCCGGGAAGGAGAGAGGAGGGAUAUCAUCGGAGGCCUGCUUGGGGGGUUGGGGUUUGGUAACUUGGGUGGACCAUCGUCCACAUCCAGCCUCAAUGGUUCCACCAUGCCUUUGACCCACCCUAGCCAGCCCCACACGAAGCCCAGGAGGCCGAGGAAGCCCAGAGAGAAAAGGGACCCAAGCACCAUCGUCAGGAGAAGAAGGAGCCCUGCUAUUACAGGGGAUGGAUCAGAGAGGCCGUACAGCUGCCAGAUUUGUGGCAAACGCUUCAGAAGGGCGGAGACCCUGCGGCGCCACAACCGCGUCCACACGGGGGAGAAGCCUCAUGCCUGCGAUAUAUGUGGCAAAAUGUUCCGUGAGCCUUUCCACCUCACCAAGCAUCUGACUGUGCAUUCUGGUCAAAAGAACUACAAAUGCAAUCUGUGUGGGAAGAUGUUUGCCUAUGCACAGAGCCUAGUGAGACACGGGAAGUUACACAGAAAAGGGGAGAUCGACAGCCAGGGGAGAAGAAUUAAAGGUGCUGCUGCUGCUGCCAUCACUCAAGUCGCCAACUCGGGAAACACUGACUACUUCUCAUCAUGCUCUCAAGGAGAAAAGUCUCCAACAUCUGGCACCCCCUCCCAGAGGCUUUAUACCUGUACAGUAUGUUGGAAAUCAUUCCGCCACUAUUUCCACCUGACGGCACAUCAACAGACUGUACACGGGGGUGGUGUAGGGCUGGAAAAGUCCUUUCGUUGUGAAGUAUGCGGUAAAGCCUUUGCUUACUCCAACAGCUUAGUGCGUCACAAGCUGUCUCAGCAUGGUAUCGACCGUAGUGGCCAGCGUGUCAACCAGUCCCAACCCUCCGGAUACUCGCCACUAUUCUAUGAUUCUGGAUCGGGUUCUAACUUCGCCGGGACGUCGCACAUGCAGCAAGGGGUCUCUGGGCAGCAGCAACAACCGCAGCAGCAGCAACAACCUCCACCACCACCACAACAGCUGCAACACCCUUUUCACUACCGCUCAAAAAACUUCCAAAAGCGGCAUGGUCAGACAAGAAAGCACAGGAAAAAAAAAAGGCGAGUGGUGAUCCACAGCAUCAUGCGAGACGGAAAGCUGGUAGGCGUUCCCCUGAGUAAAGACACACGCAGGAAGCUGAUGAUUCUGAGGAAAAAGAGGGGCAAACUGCAGGCACAGCUCAAACAAAAAAAGCUCCUGGCCCAGCUGAGGAUAAAGGGCAGCGUGAUGAAGGUGAAGUCGUGGUGUGGAGGGGCCGUCAGAGUCACCGGGCUCACCUCAAUGGACGUCCCUAUCAAGCGCUUCCCCUGCCCCAUCUGCCCCAGCGCCACAUACGCCAAGCAGGGUUCCCUGCUGGUCCAUCACGCUAUCAGGCACCCACCUAGAAACUCAGGCCGCCACGCCCGUCUGCGGUGCCAGGUGUGUGGAAGACGGACCAGCUCGUUACACAAAGCCUUGAAACACAGGGGCCAGCAUCUUAAACAAGCUGCAUUCCAAUGCCGCAAAUGCCGACACCGUUUCUGGAACCCCGGGCUUCUGGCUCGCCACAGGUUUUCCUGUCGGGGGACAACCACCGGCAGCGGGGUUGGCCACUGGGGACUGAUAAGGAUGAAAUCACCGCCGUCAGAUAGUGACCAUUCACCAGUCCAGCUAGCGGUCCCAGUUCUGGUCCAGCCAGAGAGAUCAACAGUUCUGACUGAGUACAGUCAGUAAAAAAAAAAAAAAAAAAAAAGGAAAAAAUGUUUUCUAGACUAGAUUGUUUUUAUGUUUAUUUUUUUUAAAUAAUCCAAGAAGCAAGCAAGAGCUAGCAAGUUUUUAACAGAAAUAAAUGGGAGAAUGGGGAGGGUUUAGUGUAACUACCGUAAUAUCCCCACACCCCUCCCAGAUAAAUCUGUAAACAAUCCUAACAUACUACAGCAGAGGUGGUUGGUAAAAUAACGUGGACUUCAAAAGACCCAAAAUCAGAACCACCCUCAGAAUCUGUCCUCCGUUCCCCUAAGAUGAAGGAACUCUAGACCAUGUGACAAUUUUAGUAGCACCUGUUUGAAAAAUGCAUUAAUCUAGUUCCCUUGCCAUCAUCUUUUUUUAUUUUAUUUUUAAACCUUCCCGUUAGCAGUGUUUGCGCAUAAACAUGGAUUGGAUGCCUAUUGUAGAAGUGAGGUACCUUUCAGUACCAGUUUAUUUUUUCAAAUUGUUUUGACAUUAUUCACAGUUAAACACACAGUAUAUAGUCCGUGUCUCUUGCUCUGUGUUUAUUUGUUACCCCAGUGGAGAAUCUCUCACGUUUAUAUUGAGAUGACAUCUGCCCUAAAAAUAAAUUUAUCUUUUAAGAAAAAGCAAAUCCUUACCUGACGGACUAAGAACCUCCAUUAAAGUGACUUUUACAUGUCACAGGUUAAAGGUCGCAUCUGUCACAAAAGGCAAUACUAGUUGAUGUGCUCAAGUGACUGAAAAGGAAAAAAGUGUUGGUGACCUUGUUUUUAAUGUACACUACUUUUGUCGUUUUUAGAGGUGUGGCUGGAGAGAAAAAAUGACUCAAACUGUUAAUGUGUUCAGGAUUUGAAAAGGACAACAGAAAUAACCGGAGUGUACUGUACAAUUCGUAUUAUAUUUUAUUAUAUAUUGAUUAUUUGCUGUUUUUUACUCCAAGUAUCAUUUAUUUUAUCAUUGUUGGUAUUGUAUGGGUGGGAGGGAAGGAGUUGGGGCCUAUCUUUGUAAAACAGCGGGUAUAUGUAUCAAUGUGAAAUCCCUCCCCCCUCCUCCCUGUACCCUUUUUACCUACUUCCUCAUUGCCACAGUUAUGCCCAAAUUUUGUAACAAAAGCGUGUACACAUAGUUCAUUACUUAGGUCCUGUCCAGACGUGUUUUCUUUUUUUUCUGUAAAACUAAAACAUGUAAUAUUAUUACUAAAUUACUAUCAUUUUCUUUGCCUAAAAGUGAGUUGUUGAAAACCAUCAAAUCAAAUAAAGGAAAAAAAAUCUGAAAUGUUA